AUGACAGUGAGAUAUUGGCUUGGGAGUAUUCGAUAUGGGAAUUUCCCAGGUAUUCCAACUAGUUAUCAACCUCACGAGGGCCUUUUACACAGACAAUUCAAGUGCCAAACAUCUGAAGACUUUCUCGACGCCUUCUCUGUUGAAGGGAACCGUAUACUCACUACUGAGUAA